CCAGCCAUCAUGUCGUCCAGAACAUUUUUCGUAGGAGGAAACUGGAAGAUGAACGGUGACAAGAAGAGCCUGGGCGACCUUAUAACGACCCUGAACACUGCGAGCCUCAACGAUGAAACCAAGGUGGUGUGUGGUGCUCCCACCGUCUACCUUGACUUUGCCCGCUCUAACCUGGAUGCAAGGAUCGGCGUGGCCGCACAGAACUGCUACAAAGUCGCCAAGGGGGCCUUCACUGGCGAGAUCAGCCCUGUGAUGAUCAAGGACUGUGGCGUGGAGUGGGUGAUUCUGGGCCACUCGGAGAGGCGCCACGUGUUCGGGGAGAGCGACGAGCUGAUUGGUCAGAAGGUGGCCCAUGCCCUGGAGAGUGGCCUGGGGGUGAUCGCCUGCAUCGGAGAGAAGCUGGAGAAGAGAGAGGCUGGAACCACAGAGGAGGUGGUGUACACCCAGACCCAGGUCAUCGCAGACAACGUGAAGGACUGGAGUAAAGUGGUGCUGGCUUACGAGCCUGUGUGGGCCAUCGGUACUGGCAAGACGGCCUCACCCGAACAGGCCCAGGAGGUGCAUGAGAAGCUGAGGGAGUGGAUGAGGGCCAACGUCUCUGAGGCCGUGGCUGACUCCGUCCGCAUUAUCUACGGAGGCUCCGUGACGGGGGCCAACUGCAAAGAGCUGGGCUCCCAAAACGAUGUGGACGGCUUCCUGGUGGGUGGAGCCUCCCUCAAGCCCGAGUUUGUUGACAUCAUCAACGCGCGUGCCUAGAGCGCACAAGAGCAAUCUAACCUGCUGCUAGUAGUGUCCUGUGACUGCCUCUCUUCCCAGAGUGUCUGUGUGACAAUGGCUUUACCUGUGUUUGUGUCAACAAGGGACUAUUUGACUCAUUUUGUACUGCACUGUAGUUUAGGGACCCGCCACAGUAAAAGUCCCACAUUGAUAAGACAUGUCAGUCCAGAUUAUU